ACAUAUCGAAAUUUGUAGCUGCACAACCAGUUAUCAUUACACCUACAUCCGAAUUUGUUGAUGUAUUGAUUGACAGUUAAGGAUAUUUUCAUCCCUUUUUUGCUCCUUUUUAAUGCAUCUCUAAUCGCCUCACCGACUGCCCCUACACUCAACAACAUCGCUGUGUAUUUCUGUAAUCUUCAUCUUUGCCUUCAGCUCCCCACAAGCUUCUGGCAUUCAUUUCUGUGGCAACUUACCUCAGGACUCCCAUAUUUUCACGUGAUCAAUCAAUUUCACAAUGACUGACAGAAAAGCAGUUAUCAAAAAUGCGGACAUGUCUGAAGAGAUGCAGCAAGAUGCAGUAGACUGCGCCACACAGGCAUUGGAUAAAUUCAAUAUUGAAAAGGAUAUUGCAGCUUUCAUCAAGAAGGAGUUUGACAAGAAAUACAAUCCCACUUGGCACUGUAUCGUUGGACGAAAUUUUGGUAGCUAUGUUACCCAUGAAACUAGGCAUUUUAUCUAUUUCUAUCUGGGCCAAGUUGCCAUCUUACUUUUCAAAAGCGGCUAAAAAUUCCUAUCACCGCUUUUCAAUUGAAACAUCUCUCCUUUCUUGUUCCGUGCUGAAAGUUUAUUUUUGUUUCCUGUCCAUUUCGUCAUUAGUUAAAUACAAUCAAAAUAUUACUUAACUGAACCCACUUGAAUAUUGUGGACUAAAUUCCAAGACUUGACUCCAUCUAACGGAUGAAUUAUUUAUUUCUUUCUAUUAAUAUUUUCUCUUAAAGUUUAUUAUUUUUUUAGUUAAAAAGUAUUUUAUUUUACAUCUUAAAUUUGUCUAUGCUAACCCUCUCAAGUGAAAUUUGAUCUUCAAGUAAUUUUUUAGUAUUCUUGACCCUUUUCUUUUCCUAAUUUCAAUAAAUCUCCCGUGAUGUUUCCUGUGGAUGCAAGUUGCAUUCGGUAUAAUACUACUUUGUGCUCAUUUACAACUUUGCCAAAUCAGCUGACACUCUGCUUUUGAGAAAUGAAUGUAAUUUCACUUAAUUACUUUAGUUCAUCUGACAACGCAAACUUUUCUAUUGUAAUGCUGAACCUGUUGCAUUGAGUUAUCCACUUCUCUCAAAAACUCAAUCCUUAUUCUCACCAUCUUUGUUUUCGUAUCAUUGUCUCUGUCCUAUUCACUUUAUUAUUUUUAUUGUCAUUGUUGUUGUUGUUGUUAUUAUUAUAUUUCUUGUUUAAAGACAGUAAUCACAAUGAAAAUUCAAGAGAGAAAUUCUAGGAAAUUUGUUAGUAAUUCGCAUAAUUCCGGGUACCCGACAAAUUCUGGUGUAAUUUCUCAUCAUCUCACAGCAUUCAAGAAUCUCCACUUUUUUCAUUCUUACGCUUUUGAUAAAACUCACUUGUCUCUAAUGUCGCAUACUCAUGAGUGUGAUUUCUGCCAGUUUUUCUAAUUUUCAUUCUUGAUUAAAGGUGCAAAUCUUGACUCAAACACAAAAUUAUACUAUACAGAUCUGAAAAAAAAAAAUCUUUACGAUUCCUAUUACGUUUUGCGUUCCUAGAGUUAAACCAAUCAACACAUUUUGAAAGUUACUAAUUUCAUUGUAGGCAAUUGUGGAGUUGAUAAUAUUUUCCGGUAUCACAAAAUUAUUGUCAGAUUUUUGACUUCCAAGUCCGACAUAUUUAUCAUGUAAAAAUUUUUAAUUCUACUCUGUUCAUAUUACUUCUUACGACACGGGACUCCCAAUUAUCCAGAUCGAUCAGGACCAGAUGAAUCUGGAUAACUGAAAAUCAAAAUAAUCAACGGAGGUAGUAACACUGAAUCAUACAGAUAUAAUUGAUUAGAAUCAACAUCUUGGUCAGACAGGUGUACAAACAAUACUGAACAGAUGAUUGUGCAUGCAUCAUACUGUCUUCCAUUGAAACUUGACACCAACAAUUAGUUUCUGGAUAAUCAGGAGUCUUGAGUAUUUAAGCUUAUGGUUAAAUUUUUGAAAUGAGAGUGCAGCCUUUUAAUUGCUCAUAUAUCUAUUAUUCUUUGUAUAACCUUGCAGAAAAUCAAGAAUCAUGCUUUCGCAACUAUCUCAAAAUUUCAAUCUUGCCUUGCUUUUCCUUUGGACUGAUUUGUUCUGUUAAAAUUCUCUAAAAAUAAUGAAGGCAAGAGAGUUAACAUAGGUACCAUUUUUAGCACCAGUAUUGCAAGGUAUAUAAAAACAAUCAAUUGACUUCUACCAGUUAGCUUGUGGGAUCACUGUUAAUGCAGAAUUAAUAAAGAUUUCGUCCAUCAUCUCUCAUUUCAUUUUCCUUAAUCAUGCAAUUGCUUACACCUACCUUAUGUCAGUACCACUUUCAUUCUUUAUCAGCACUCAUAAUUGUUUUUCAUGAACUGUUGGUAAAUAUCUUAGCUUACAAUCAUUUCAUGUGAUCGCACUACCAGUUUGUACUCAACUGUCAGGCUGAAUAAUUGGGGAAUGGGCAUCCUCUCAGGUUGUCAUCAUUUUAUUUAUUUUUAUCAUGUACUUGAAGUACAUGAGUAGCAAGAUGAAUUUUGCUUAAAAUUUAUCCUGGAAUCUUCGAUUGAGUCUGACUGAGACUGCUCCUCUGAGAAAAACGGUAUAGCUUACAAAUGUCGCUAGUGGUGCCAAUAGUAUUUAUAUAUCACUGGUUAUAUUCCAAUCAACGCAAGAACCAUUUUCAUAAAAAUGCAAAAACUGCGAGAGGAAGACUAUUAUUUAUCUGCCGACAAUCCUCCGUUUCAGUUAUCACAUGCUUUUUUACACCUUUUUUUAAUGUUGAGAGUGCUGCAGGAGACAGUACAAUUCACUUUUUCCUAUUUGUGAAAGUAGCGCUAACGUUAACUGGAAAAUAACCAACUAGCUCCAAGUCAUAGGAGACAGCACUUUUACACACUUACAUUUUCAUGUAGCAUUGUUAUAUUUUUUUACAAGUUGGAGGAAAGUAUCAUGAGGUCCUUCUCUCGCUUAAAGCCAGAGGAUUAAAAAAUUUUAUGCUAAGUUAAAGUCCAAAUAAGCCAAGAGCCUUUUUAUCAAUCUCCACUUUUAAGGUGGCGUCUGUUCUUUCCCAGAAUUUUUCACCAGUCUGGGUACCCUUAGAGAAAAAUUAGCAUUCAGGAAAUAAUACCCCAGUUCAGUACUUUUCAUUACUCUUUUGUCUGGAACCUCCUCAGGGUUUCAUCUCAUGCUUUCUGAGGAGAAUUGCCAUGUGUGAUGUGUCAUCAUUUUAAAAUUCUAAGCUAUAUUCCCUCUUUGUUGUGUGGCAUUUCAUAAAGUCAUUGACUUAGCUGCUGUCCGAAUAAGAAGCUAUUUUGUUAAUCUCUUGUCAGCCUUCUCUUUUCUCAUAGACAGGAUUAUUUUUUGUACCAUUAACAGUAUUCUAAGUCAAUUUUAAUAGGCCAGAAGGUGAGGCAUGAACUGAAGCAAUACCAUACUUGUUUCUUUUUUCAAAAAUUUCAUGUGGUAAACAACGGUGAUUCAUGUAUUCGAUGUAAGUGCUCAAGAUUAAAUCUUGAUAAAGGGUUCUCUGGAUUUUCUCCUGUGUGGAUCAUUUCCCUGUAAAGCUCUGAAAAAAGGAACAAGCAUUGCAGUGCUGAAGUUCACAUUGACGGUGAAACUGCAGAAACGCGCAUCUUGGUUUGCAGUGUUGCAGAAUUCUCAUCAUAUGUUAUUUCCCAAAUAGAAAACUUUUUAAUGCAAAUUCUUGAAAAUUUCGGUGAUAUUUUUUUUGUGUGAAGAAUAUUCUAUAAGAAUUGCGAACCAUGACACUGGUUUGGCUUCCUCUGGAAAAAUAAAAUAAGAGUAAAGAUUUUGUAACUCUGCAAUUUAUGUACGUGUUUUUACAGUUUUAUCAAGGAUAUCCUUUUUCCAGGCUUAUUGUAGGCAUUGAUUGUAUAGUUAACGGAAAUAGAAGCAAUGUUCAGUAAUUGAAGAGCAUUAUUUGUUAUUGGGACUGCAUUUUCUGUAAUUUAAAUUUGUAGUCCUCCAUCACUCUCCACAGUCUUAAUUUCCAAUGUUUCCGUUCAUUUUAGCGUAAUUGAUUAAAAUUCUGCCAUGAACUCAUUCCUUACUUCUAUGAAGCAUUUUGUUCGUCCCAUCUUAACAUUUUUCAGAUGCAUCUGAUUUUCUAAUAUGGUAAAUUCUGUGUCGAUUGCAUGUAUUUAAGCUUUCUCAUAACUGUCAGUGACUUAUAAUAAAUCAUUAAUUCUUA